UUUCUGAGCUACAGGCUGAAGUGGAGCCUGUUACUGUCGGCUCAGUCAAUCACACAGACGGCUCCUCCAUUUUGGCCCAGGACCCUGGAGACGGGGCUGAAUGGAUUUGCGGGACUGUCUGGAAACCCCGUUGAUUUAGAGAAACGCCACACUGCGUUUGGAAAGAACUUUAUCCCCCCAAAGAAGCCCAAGACGUUCCUGCAGCUGGUGUGGGAGGCUCUGCAGGACGUCACGCUGAUCAUCCUGGAAAUAGCUGCCAUCAUCUCACUGGGCCUCUCCUUCUACCACCCACCAGGGGGCGACGGUGAAGCAUGUGGCCAGGUCACGGGGGGUGUGGAGGACGAGGGGGAGGCAAACGCAGGCUGGAUCGAGGGCGCGGCCAUCUUGUUCUCGGUGGUCAUCGUGGUCCUGGUGACGGCCUUCAACGACUGGUCCAAAGAGAAGCAGUUCCGCGGGCUGCAGAGCCGCAUCGAGCAGGAGCAAAAAUUCACCGUCAUCCGGAAAGGCCAGGUCAUCCAGAUCCCCGUGGCCGAGAUCGUGACCGGAGACAUCGCCCAGAUCAAAUACGACCUGCUGCCCGCCGACGGGAUUCUAAUCCAAGGAAACGACCUGAAGAUUGACGAGAGCUCUCUGACCGGAGAGUCUGACCACGUCCGCAAGUCCCUGGAGAAGGACCCCAUGCUGCUGUCCGGGACCCACGUGAUGGAAGGAUCCGGCAGGAUGAUGGUGUCCGCCGUCGGGCUCAACUCUCAAACCGGGAUCAUCUUCACCCUGCUGGGCGCCAGCGAGCACGACGAGGAGAAGAAGGUCAAGAAAACCAAGACUCAGGAUGGCAUCGCUCUGGAGAUCCAGCCACUGAAGAGCGAGGAGGCCGCAGAGUCCGAGGAGAAGGAGGAGGCCAAGCAGGUUAAGAAGGUCAACGUGACCAAGAAGGAGAAGUCUGUGCUGCAGGGCAAACUGACCAGGCUGACCGUGCAGAUCGGGAAGGCCGGUGUCUUCAUGGCGGCCAUAACCGUCGUCAUCCUCAUCCUCUACUUUGUGGUGGAGAACUUUGCGGUCAAAGGUCAGUCCUGGACGACCGAGUGCGCGCCCAUCUACGUCCAGUAUUUCGUGAAGUUCUUCAUCAUCGGCGUGACGGUGCUGGUGGUGGCCGUUCCCGAGGGCCUUCCGCUGGCCGUCACCAUCUCUCUGGCCUAUUCCGUCAAGAAAAUGAUGAAGGACAACAACCUGGUGCGCCACCUGGACGCCUGUGAGACGAUGGGCAACGCCACGGCCAUCUGCUCCGACAAGACGGGGACCCUGACCAUGAACCGCAUGACGGUGGUGCAGGCCUACGUCGGCGAGAAGCACUACCGGAGCGUCCCCGACCCGGACGUCAUCAAGCCCCAGACGCUGGAGACCCUGGUCAACAGCAUCUCCAUCAACUCGGCCUACACCUCCAAGAUCCUGCCUCCCGAGAAAGAAGGAGGUCAGCCCCGUCAGGUUGGAAACAAGACCGAGUGUGCUCUGCUGGGCUUGGUGCUGGACCUCAAGAGGGACUACACUCCCAUCAGGGAGGAGAUCACCGAGGAGAAAUUCUACAAGGUCUACACCUUCAACUCGUCCCGCAAGUCCAUGAGCACUGUGCUGAAGAACGCCGACGGCGGCUUCCGCAUGUACAGCAAGGGCGCGUCGGAGAUCGUCCUGAGAAAGUGCUCCCACAUCCUGGACGCCCAGGGCUACGCCCGCCCCUUCGAGCCCAAAGACCGCGACGAGAUGGUGCGCAAGGUGAUCGAGCCCAUGGCGUGCGAGGGGCUGAGGACCAUCUGCGUGUCCUACAGAGACUUCCCCGCCGAGGCCGGAGAGCCCAACUGGGACGACGAGAACAACAUCCUCACCGACCUCACCUGCAUCGCCGUGGUCGGCAUCGAGGACCCCGUCAGAGACGAGGUUCCUGCCGCCAUCGCCAAGUGUCAGCGGGCCGGUAUCACCGUGCGCAUGGUCACCGGAGACAACAUCAACACGGCCCGCGCCAUCGCCACCAAGUGCGGCAUCCUGCUGCCCGGAGAGGACUUCCUGUGUCUGGAGGGCAAGGAGUUCAACAACCGGAUCAGGAACGAGAAGGGAGAGGUGGAACAGGAGCGUCUGGACACAGUCUGGCCCACUCUGCGUGUUCUGGCUCGGUCGUCUCCAACAGACAAACACACACUAGUCAAAGGCAUCAUCGACAGCACAGUGGGAGAGACCCGACAGGUGGUGGCGGUGACGGGAGAUGGCACUAACGACGGCCCCGCCCUCAAGAAGGCUGAUGUUGGCUUUGCCAUGGUAACUGGCUCUUCAUAUUCUCCUCCAGUUAUUGUUUCCUUUCUGAUCACGUCUGUGCCCACCCGCCACCUGAAGUUCCUGAAGGAGGCGGGCCACGGCAUCACCAAAGAGGAGAUCAAGAAGGAGGAGCUGACGGAAGACACGGACGAGAUCGACCACGCCGAAAUGGAGCUGAGGAAAGGCCAGAUCCUCUGGUUCAGAGGCCUGAACCGCAUCCAGACCCAGAUGGAUGUGGUCUAUACCUUCCAGACGGGCCAGGCGGCGGUGCCCGGCGCCCUGCGCCGCCAGCCCUCCGUCGUCAGCCAGCACAAUGACGCCACUGCCGCCGCCAAAACUCUCUCUAGCCCCACCCACCCGGGGCUUAGCUCCUCCUCCUCUCUCAACAACUCGGCCGGGGCUCCGCCCCCCGCCGCCGCUUCCUCCUCCACCGCAGGCAGUGAGUCUGUGACUGGAGGCCGGCUGACAGCACUCCUCACCGGGCUGGACUCUUUCUCUGUUUGA